AUGUUGAGUCAGGUGUGCGUGCUUCUAACAAUGGCUGUUUUGAGCCGAUGCCUGGGUGAAGACCUUAUCUAUCGCGUGCAGGAAGGCAAGAGCCCCGGCACGUACCUGGGAGACAUUGCCACCGACUCACGUCUAAUGGAUAGCGUCCCCCAGCAACACCACAAUCUCAUCCGAUUCAAUCAGAUACAGCAAAGUGACACCUCCCAGCUGUUUCGAAUCUCCAAAAAGACAGGAAAAUUGUACACCGCUCAGACGUUAGACGCAGAGACGCUGUGCAGACACAACAAGGAGUGCUUUAGAUAUGUCAAGGUUGCCGUCCGACGACUGGAGACUUUUAUGAGCAUUAUGAAAAUCAAGGUUCUAAUCGAAGAUGUUAACGAUCACCAACCCGAGUUUCCCGAGCAGCAGAUCAAUAUUGAAUUUUCGGAGGGUGACCGAAAAGGCAUGAAGAAGUACAUACCGAACGCUUAUGAUAAAGACGUGGGGGAACUGAACUCCCAGAUCACCUACCAACUGAAAAAAAAGGUUAAUGAACCAUUCACGUUAUCUGUAUCGAAAAGCGUCGACGGGACAUCUAAACUAGGCAUAAAUUUGGAUGAUGGGCUUGACAGAGAAGUUAAAGAUUCUUAUAUGCUCCAAGUGAUUGCUACAGACGAAGGAUCACCCCCGAAGCAAAGCGUCUUGGACGUGCAUAUUACAAUCACUGAUGUUAACGACAAUUUUCCAGUUUUUUCACAAAACGUUUACAAUAUUUCAAUUCGGAACGAGGAUUAUGAUGGCCUUUCGCCAAUCGCCACAUUGUCGGCCAAAGAUCUAGAUUCCGGCAAAAAUGGUAAGAUUUCGUAUGGUUUUAAUUCUAAAACCUCUAACACCGCUAAAACGUAUUUUAAAAUCCACGAAAUCACAGGGGGGAUCUUUUUACAAAAGAAGUUACCCCUUGGACCAGAAGUGACAUAUGAAUUGUACGUGAAGGCUACGGACGAGGGCGAACCCCCAUUAAGUUCGAUUGCCAUGGUUUUGGUCAACGUAAUCAACCAGCAGAACAAUGCACCUAGAAUCGACGUCAAUUUUGUCUCCGCCUCAACUGAUAACACGGCAAAGAUAUCAGAAGACGUAGAAGUGGGCAGUUUCAUAGCAUACGUCAUGGUUACUGACAAUGAUGCCGGCCUGAAUGGAGAGGUGAACUGUGACCUCCAUCAUGAUAAAUUUCAGCUCCAGAGUCUUGGAAAGAAGGAAUACAAAGUCAUCGUGAAGAAUUCGGUCGACCGAGAGACAGAAGACCAUCACGAGAUCACGAUCAACUGUCAAGAUAGAGGUUCUCCACCUUUGCACAGCGAAAGUAAGUUUUCAAUCCUGGUGAUUGAUGUGAACGACGUCCGGCCGCAGUUUUCAAAGGAGACCUACAGGUUUCAGGUGUAUGAAAACCAAAAGUCGAAAAUCGUUGUAGGUAGCGUGAAUGCCACUGAUCCCGACCUUGGACUUGGCGGUAAACUGACCUACUCGCUUCAGUCAAACAGCAAGGAUUUCCUCCCAUUCCAAAUCUCCGAAAACGGACUUAUAACGGCGGUCAUGUCGUUGGAUCAUGAAUUUCAAGACGUUUACAGGUUCCAUGUUUUUGUUAAGGAUAGCGGUGAACCUCCGCUAAACAAUUCGGUGAGCAUUGUUAUUGAGGUGAGGGACGAAAACGACAACGCCCCUUUCUUUACCUUUCCUAAUAUUAACCCUUUCACAAUGGGCUUCGUUUAUUACCCCCGUCGCACGAAAAACAUAACAGUCCUGAAAGCGACGGACAGCGACAGUCGUGAGAACGCGUUUCUCAAGUAUGAAAUAACCUCAGGCAAUGACAAACAGUUAUUUGCCAUCAACCAUUACACAGGCCUUUUGUCGUUCAAUCGGGUCGCCAUGCCCGAAGACGCUGGCUCCUACGACCUCGAAUUUGUGGUCAAAGACAGUGGCAACCCUGUUCUGUCGGCCACGACAGCAAUUGCCCUAAAACUAACAGUUAGUAACAAAACCACAGAAAAGCCCAACCCCGUAGACAUGCAGUCGGAUGAUAAAAUCCACUUCCAUUUGUUAAUAGUUAUUGUUCUUGUGGCCGUACUGGUUUCGGUCCCGGUCACGGCCGCCAUCUCUGUGUGUUACAUUCGAUGUAACGGUAGGCGAAAUACGCAGCAUAUAUGCGAAGAGAACCCCUGUGACAAGUGCGAAUGCGAGCAGCGGAGCUCCAUGUGUUCAUCUUAUCAAACCACCUAUUUGCCCAACGCCCCUAUAGCCCUGACGUCAGACCCGUCCCUGCCAAACAACACUCUCCAGAACCGGUCUCGAAGAGGAGGGCACAAUUCUGGAGACGAUCUUUGUGGAGAUCACCAUAACGAUUCGCAUCAAGGGACACAGCUUCAGACGGCGGCUAGGGACGUCAUAUACGAGGUAGGUGCCCGGAUGUGCUUGACUCGGCCUUCUCUGUCGUCUUCUUAA